AUGGAAGCGCUGAGAGAGUCUUUUCUUAAUUUGACUUUUCAGAUGUCCGCAUACAGGCGAGCCACCCUGGACGAGGAGGAUGUGGUGGACUCCACCAGUGACGAUAUCUACCCAUCAGCUCCCAUGCAGGUGAGUCUUCUGCGUGGCCGUUCCUCGUGUUGGCCGAGCAAGACACGGGUGGAGAGGAGGCUAAUGUGCUUGGUGUGCGUUCUGUCAGUGGGCCUGUUCGUAACUCUCAUCACAACUGGGAUUUUCUACAAACGGACACACCCAGGCUUGUGCCUAACAGAGCCCUGCAUUACUGUGGCCAGUGCGGUUCUGGGAGCAAUGGACCGAUCCGUAGAUCCCUGCCAGGACUUCUAUAACUUUGCUUGUGGGGGCUGGAUAAAAAACAACCCACUAUAUGAGGGCAAGUCCCGCUGGGGUUCUUUCAGCAACCUGUGGGAACACAACAUGCUUGUAAUGAAGCAGUUAUUAGAAAACACAACAAUGAAAGGUUUAAGUGAUGCUGAAGAAAAGGCCCAGCGAUAUUAUGAGGCCUGCAUGAAUGAGACCAAGAUUGAGGAACUGGGAGCUAAGCCACUCCAGCAACUAAUUGACCAGAUCGGAGGAUGGGGUCUUACUGAACCUUGGGACAAGGACAACUUCCAAAAAGUUCUGCGAACAGUGUCUGCCAACUUGCGUACUACUCCUUUCUUCACUGUGUAUGUCAGCACAGACUCUAAAAACUCCAGUACUAACAUCAUCCAGGUGGAUCAGACCAGCCUGGGACUACCUUCACGUGAUUACUACCUCAACAAAACUGCAAAUGCAAAGUAUCUGACAGCAUACCUCAACUUUCUAGUGGAUUUGGGAGUUCUUCUGGGUGGCACAAAGGAAGGUUCUCGGGCCAUGAUGGAGGAAGUUUUAGAUUUUGAAACCACCCUGGCCAACAUCACAGUCCCUCCGGAGGAGAGAAGAGAUGAGGAGCUCAUUUACAAUAAGAUGGAGGCAAAGGACCUGACAACUCUGGCUCCAGCAGUGGACUGGAUGCCAUACCUCAGAGAAAUGUUUGCUUCUGUGUCACUUAAUGAAUCAGAGCCAGUGGUGGUUUAUGCCAAAGAAUACCUCCAGAAAGUGUCUGACCUCAUAACUAAAACAAAUAAAAGCGUUCUCAACAACUACAUGAUGAUGAAAGUAGUGAGAAAGAUGGCCUCAAUUUUGGACCAAAAGUUCCAGGAUGCAGAGCAGCGUUUCCUUGAGGUCAUGUAUGGAACCAAGAAGAGCUGCACUCCACGCUGGAAGCUGUGUGUCAGCGACACAGACAGUGCCUUGGGCUUUGCUCUUGGCGCGAUGUUUGUCAAAGCCACCUUUGCUGAGGACAGCAAAGCCAUUGCGGAGAAAAUGGUUACAGAAAUUAAGCAGGCAUUUCAGGAUGGAUUGAAGUAUGUGAGCUGGAUGGACACAGAAACAAAAAAGGCAGCAAAAGAAAAAGCAGAUGCAAUAUACAACAUGGUCGGGUAUCCUGAAUUCAUCAUGAAUGGCACGAAACUGGAUAAAGUGUUCAAUGAUUUUGCUGUGGUGUCAGGCCUUUACUUCCAGAAUGUUAUGCAGUACUACAAUUUCUCAGGCAGAGUGACUGCAGACCAGCUGAGGAAACCUCCCAACCGAAACCAGUGGAGCAUGACCCCUCCAACAGUAAAUGCCUAUUACAACCCAACAAAAAAUGAGAUGGUUCUGCCUGCAGGAAUCCUGCAAGUUCCAUUCUACAGUCGCUCUUGGCCUAAAGCUCUCAAUUUUGGUGGAAUUGGAGUUGUCAUGGGCCAUGAGCUGACUCAUGCAUUUGAUGACCAAGGCAGGGAGUAUGAUAAAGAUGGAAACCUACGCCCUUGGUGGAAGAACUCUUCUGUUGAAGCUUUCAAGACGCAGACCCAGUGCAUGGUGGAGCAGUAUGGCAAUUACAGCAUCAACCAAGAGUCUCUGAAUGGAAGACAGACGCUGGGAGAAAACAUCGCUGACAACGGUGGACUCAAGGCUGCUUACAACGCUUAUUUAAACUGGAUUAAAAAGAAUGGGGAGGAGGCCACGCUGCCAGCGCUGGGAAUGACGAACCAUCAGCUGUUUUUCGUGGGGUUUGCCCAGGUAUGGUGCUCUGUCAAGACACCCGAGAGCUCACAUGAGGGCGUUAUGACAGAUCCUCACAGUCCUCCGAGAUUCAGGGUCAUCGGCACAGUGUCAAAUUCACGUGAAUUCUCAAAGCACUUUGGAUGCAAAGCAGAUACUCCCAUGAACCCAAAUCACAAGUGUGAGCUUUGGUGA